AUGCAAACAGUUAAUGAUUUUUAUAAUGAUGAAAAUAUAAUAAAUAAUUUAAAUACAAAUUAUUCAUGUGAAUUAGCAGAAUUAGUUGAUAUGACUUUUGGUCCGAAACCGGAACCUGAACUUCAACGUUUAACAACUGCUCAAGUUACUGCAAUUGAUUCAUCUGGUCUACAUCUAUUAUGUAAUUAUCAUCGAUGGGAAACUGCAGAAAGAAAUGAUCGAAUGUUUCGUGAACAUACUGAUGAGACAACUCGAAUAUUUACAAUUCCAUUUCAAACGCAACCGCAUUCAAAAGAGCAACUUUUGAAAGUGAUUGAAAAGAUGAUAAAUGAUGCAAAAUUAAGUUAUUUAAAAGGUUUUGAAUGA